AUGGAGGCGGGGGCAGAGGCAUGCGCCCGCGACGCGGCGGUCCUUUCGGCGUCUGAGAAGCGGGAGAUGUUAGACGCCUUGGCGGGGAUGAUCGCCUCCACCAUUGAGGGCGCCAGCGUCGGGGACGUCCAUGCGGCACUGGCGUCCGCUGAGGCAGCGUCGGGGGAGUGGCGGGAGUUGGUGCAAAACAAAGUGGAGGCGCGUCACAAGCGGGGGCUCCCCGACGCCGCCGCAGCCAAAGACCGGCCCCCCGCUGUACAACCACAACCGUCACCGCAAUUCACACAGGCGAUGACGACGGCGUGGGAAUGCCCAGCGUGCGGCACACGGUACGACGUUGUCGACGCUCGCCGGUCUCUAAGGCGCAGCAGUACUUCCGCUGCCGUUAAGACGUUAUCCGACACCACUCCAACCGGUUGUCCUGUUUGCGAGGGGUUGGGGAAUGAGGAAGGGUCGCCGGCCCUCAGUAAAAACGCGGUCAACGAAUGA